AUGGGGGCGGCCUCCUCCACAGAGUCCACUGCAGAUACAACAAAGAAGAGGUCGAAAGGAAAGAGCUCCAAGAAAAAAGCGGCUGCAGAACUCCAAGAUGGAAAGGGCAGGUCGGAGAAACUCGAAGAGCCGGAUGCAGAGGAUCUGCAACCCGUCCUUCCAGAGCUUUCUCAGGCUCUGGGUCCAGCGGGCCCGGAGUGGCCGGAAGGAUGCCCUGAGCCUAGAGCCAAAGUGCUACAUUCGAGACCUGAAAGCGAGGGACUCGAGGCGCAGGAGACGUUGCCACUGCCUGACAUACACUUCGAGACAACUCCGUCCCUAGAAGGUGAGGCUUACGACAACUUCCAGCUGGAGGGUUACGACAACUUCCCGAACUUCUCAGAAACGCGCGAGCGGGAGUCUUUCGGAGUUUUCGGGUUCUUGCCGGCGAAGAAGGACCUGCAGAGCAGCUCCUCCUACCGCAUCCCUACAAGAAGGCAACGAAAUUCCAAUGUCCACGCGUCGCAAGCGCUUCGAGUACGACUUCUUCGAGUUAGUGUUCCGCAGCAGAGCACGGGCUUGCCAGGAGAUUUGGCAGAUCUCUAUGUGAAGCUUCGGCUUGGAGCCCAAAGCUUUCGCACCCCUUGCAUUGAGAAUGAUCAGAUGGUGGUUGAUGGCAACGACUUCACAUUUCAGUUUGUCUACGACAGCCUUCAGCUUGAGGUGAUGAGGGUAAGUGCGUUUAGGGAUGAACUGCUGUGUAGAGUCGCUGUGGAAUUGGGCCGGCAUAAUCUCGUGGCUGGUGAGUGGCGGCGGCAACGGCUCCCCAUUCCAGAAAAACACGGCGAAGUAGAGUUUGAGCUUCUAUUGGGUACCCCGGUUGAAGUGUCAGAGCAUGCGGCAGAACGGAAGAAAACGGCAGAAGCUGCGGAGGAGGAGCUUGAGUACCAGGGGCCUCGCAUGUUCCAGCCAAAAGCUCAUGCAUUGCCAUGGGAAGGUGUUCGGGUGUUGGAACUUACCCGCCGAACAUGGACUGCUGCCCUCUGCGGCCAGAUGAUGGCUGCAUCCGGUGCUGAGGUCAUUCGUGUAGCUUUCGGAGAGGAGGCACUUCUUGCGCGAAAGAAAGGAAAUGCCCCUAGGAAGCCACUGAGAUCGAAGGAUACGGACAGCUUGGAGAAGGCAAAGGCCAACCUGGUGCCGCGACAGCUCCAUGUGGGGAAACGUCUUGCCCCUCUUCACCCCGAAGAUCCUGAAGAAAUGGCUCUUCUUCGAUCGGACCUCUUGGCUGGAUGCAACGUCUUCCUCACAGAUCUCCCAGCAGAUGAGCUGGAGGACAUGCAGCUCAGCACACAGACUCUGCGAAGCAGGUUUCCGCAUCUGAUUUACAUACAUACCUCCUGCAUCGGGAUGCUUGCAGAUGUUGCCAAGAAGGGAGUAAACGAUGCCGGUGCAUUCUUUUGCUUGUCGGGAAUGGCCGAGCAGCUUGGUCACUUUCUCGGCCCGGCUGGCUUUGCAGCGGCGGUCUCGGCCUCCGCCUUGUUUGGAGUUGCAUGCAUGGCUGUGAUGCGCCGGCGAUGCGGCAGUCCAGGAGACCGAGUUGAGAUGAGCAUCUUCAGAGCAGGCCGAUGGUGUGCGGCUCUUGGUGCUCUGACUGGAUGGCACAAGCCGCAGCAACCCGAUUUGCGGUUUUUCCUGGAGCCAGACACAAAGAAGAUGCUAGCGACACCCUUCGACGUCGAAGGUGUGGCGCAUGUCCGACCGGCAAUCAGGUCAUCGCAACCCGACACACACAUCAGAUGGACCGUCAAGGAUCCAGCAUCUCUGAUGCCUGGUGUAAUGCCAGGCUGUCCAGUUGCGUCUGAAUUACCACUGGCUCGGGUUUCGGUCAUUGAGAUCAGCGACGAGUAUCAAGUCUCCGCUUCUGCAGUCGGGGCGCUCCUGGCCGACUUAGGCGCUCGCGUAACAAAGUUGGAGCGACCACAGAGGCCAGACCCCUGGAAGAGAACUUGUCCCCAGCUCUACAAAGACUUGACUGCCAGAAAGAGUGUGAGCGUGGUGAACUAUUCGGGAGUGGGAGGGGUUGAUGCCAGGGGGGACCCCGUCCCGGGACAAGCGGCUUUAUACAGGACGUUAGCUCAGGCGACGAUUCUAGUGACAAACUUGCCGUUGGCAGCGCUUGCAGCUUGGGGUCUGGAGCCGAAGCAUAUGCGGGAGAUGUUCCCGCACUUGAUCAUUCUCUGGAUCACGACUUGGGGUUGUGAUGAGACGGCCCGGCAAAAGGAGUUGACCUUCGGUCGGAAGGGCGGUCAAGAAGCACAUGCCUUCUGGGAGGCAAGUGGCCUGUGCCAGGCUUUCAACGGCAAUGCCAUGCCACCGGGCCUGAGCGAGUUGGCGGUGGCACAACAUGCCUUGGGAGGCUUGGGCAUGGCUUUGCUUCGCCAGCAGCGAACUGGAGCUGGGCAGCUGGUUCACAUCAGUCGGUACCAAGCGGGCCUCUAUUGCCAAAGCAUUUCGAGCAUUGAGCCCGUUGCACUGCUGGCAAGUCCGCUUCUCCAGACCCUGGACGGCCGAUUCCUCCGACUGCUUGGACGAGGACAUCAGCCACACGAUGCAUGGGUCCUCCUUCAUGCUCUGGGCCGCCGAGAGAGCCUGAUGAAGCGUGCUGGAAACAUGGACACGCUGCGCAAAGAGCUGCAGGGCUACACUUGGGAGGAUCUUCAAAAGCAUCAAGACGAGCUACUGGCAUGUGCAAGGAACUGGAGCUUUCAGGACCUGGUCAAGGCCUUCCAGGAGAAGGGCAUUGAUUGGAUUGUCGAGGAAAUGAGGCCCAUGGAUGCAGAGGCUCUGCACAGGCAACGCGCAGAGCAGGUGGAGGUCUUGCGGCAACGUCAGCAAGAUGCUGCCGAGAAAGCCUUGGAGAUGGCCCAGCGAGCAGUUGAGCUUCAGCGCGAUCUCUCCGAUUCGAAGGGCCACGCGCAACGCGAGCUUCAGGAGCAGUUGGCCGAUCAAACAGAGCAGCAGCAGAAGAUGGAACUCCUCCGUGAGCAGUACCAGACAGGGGUGGCACCCAUUGUGGGUGUGACCGUUGAUGGCGGGGAAGGACUUGAGAGCGACACCAAGGGUUUCAACCUGGAUACGUACUGCGUCAUCGAGAUCGCAAACAAGCCGUACACCCGAUUGCAAACAGGAGUGCUCAAGGGAACGGAGCCCGCCUGGGACUUCACGGGUGUGCUCCAGAACUACGCUUUUGGAGACGUUCUGAAGUUUGCUGUGUACUGCAAGGAGCCGGAACUUGGACCUGUCGACCCAUUGGCUGCACCAGCGACGGUGGAGCACACUACAGUCCUGUAUCUGCAGGUUGCAGCAGCCUACAAUCUCAUCAACAGGGACACGGGGGUUCUGGGAGAUGUGUCUGACCCGUACGUGGUGGCGCAAGUUGGAAGCAUGACGCAGCAAACGCCAGUCAUCAACAACGAACUGAACCCUGUUUGGCAGGAAAACAACCAGUUCUCCUUCAACAUUGUGGAUCACAGUGCGGAUCGCUAUCUUGAGUUGAAGGUGAUGAACUCCAACGUUAUGAAGGAUGACAGUCUGGGUAGCAUCAGAGUUGACACGCGCUCCAUCGAUCCCGGUCAGUGGCACCACUAUCGGCUGAAGCUGGAAGAAGGCCAAGGCGGCGAGUUGGAGUUCGACGUCUUCCUGAAGCCGGCAGCGCCAUGCAAGCCUCAGCAGCGUGCAGAUGAGCUUCUAGGUCAGGCAGAGGCGGAGAUGUCGAAGUUCUACCCGCAUGGCUUUGAGGGUGCCUUGCCUUUGUUGCGAGCGGGCUCGCCUUCCAAAGCCUUGCUCCACGUCUUCAUCGAGGUAGAGCCGCAGGGCGUCAAGUUGGCACGCCGAGGCUCUGGCCAUCGACGCACAGGGUCUGAAAUGAGCCAUUCGCCGCGAAUGGGUGGUCAUCGCCGAACGACUUCCGAAAUGAGCUUCGUGUCCAUGCGCUCUGGAUCGCUUCUCUAUGGCCCCACCGGAGCUGGCAAGCCACAGGCCGUCCCUGAGGUCCCGGCCACGGCGGCAAGCGACAGGCAACCCCCCGGUGAAGCGAAGGAAGCUGACAAGAGCGUUCUACAGAUCCGUGUGAAUCAGGCCAUCGACCUCCCGAACCGAGACACUGGGUUCUUUGGAGAUGUAUCCGAUCCCUAUGUGAUCGUCCGGGCUGCUGGGGUGGAGCAGAAGACACCCGUCAUCAUGAACAACUUGAAUCCGGUUUGGGAGGAAGGUAAUCUGUUCACCUUCGACAUUUCAGCGGAUGAUCACAUUGUCGAACUGAAGGUGAUGGAUUCAAACACAUUCAAAGAUAGCCUGUUGGGCAGCUGCGAGCUGGACCUCCGCUCCAUUCAGCAUGGAAUGUGGACCAGCUUCCGCGAGAAGAUGGGCAGCGGAGAGCUGGUGUUCGAUCUCUUCUUCAAGUCGACGGAGUACCGCAUCUUGGCGACGGAACAGACUAGCGUGAUUCACCUGCGCAUCAAUUGUGGCAGAAAUUUGCUCAACAAGGAUUCGGGCGUAAUGGGCGACGUGUCGGACCCCUAUGUUGUUGUGAAGGUGGGGGAAGUCACUCGUAGGACUCCGGCCAUCAACAACAGCUUGAACCCUGACUGGCGGGAGGGAAACCUGUUCACUUUCCAAGUCAAAGAAGGUGUUUCCACGAUCGAAUUGGAGGCCAUGAACGCCAAUGUUGUCAAAGACGACAGUCUCGGGAAGGCAUCAGUCAGUAUUGGCAGCCUUCAGCCCAACGAGUGGUGUCGGCUGGUCGAGCGGCUCGAGCAGGGUGGCAGUGGAACUUUGGAGCUCGACGUAUUUUUCAAGCCCAACUCGCACUACCACCUCAACCUCCAGCUUGAGCAGGCCAAAGAAGAAGAGAAGAAGUGCUUGGCAGAAGCUGCAAGACUUUCCAGAGAAGUGCAGAUGGCCGAGCAUGCUCGCCGCUGGCUUGCGAAUGUGGACGAGAACACCAAGAUGCCACUCAGUCUAGAGGAACGCGAUUGGGUGCGGGCUUGUGGUGGCAGGAAUUUGGUUGCUCCCGCUUGGAUCACAGUUACUCAGACGCAGGUGGAGGCCUUAGUGCGAGCACGUCAACAGGCACAUCCAAUUUCGCUCUUUCCGGAGGUGGAGCUCUCAUCGGCUUCUCAGCUUAAGCUGAAAGUCAGGAUGAUCGGAGGCUUUGGCCUGACCAGCUCAGCGAGACGGAUUUGCACGUACUGUACAUGCGAGAUACCGCAGAAGCGGGAGUCCUCGGUCUCCACAGACUUGGCAGAAGGCCUCAACCCGGAGUGGCGAUGCAGCCGAACAGUUCCAGGGUACAGCCCUGGCGAUGCACUCGUCCUGCAAGUGUUCGGUCUUGACCCUCAAGGGGCAGAUGGUCAACGCCCGGCACAGCCGAAAGCAAACGAGCUCCUCGGUCGAGUCCCCGCCUCAGGUUUCCAAGGCAUAUCUUCCUGUGCGAACCCGAUUUUCCCACAGCCCAGCAACUGUUGCUGCCCAUCCAGCAAGCUCCCGCCCGUUGCAGAGCGGCCCGAAAUACUGCCUUGA